UCGAAUAUUCUUAUUUGCAUACAUCGGAAAGUUAGUGAUCCGUAGCCCCAUCUGGCGCACGCGCAUUGAACACUCAGAACAUCAUGGCGGACACCAAGAAAAAAACUCCCGAGACGGAGAAGAAGAAAGAUGCGACUAAAGAGACUAAAGACAAGAAGGAGAAAGGAGAAAAGGAACCAGAGCUGUCUGAAGAUGACAAACUGCUACAAGAGGAGCUGACCAUGUUGGUGGAGAGGCUGGGGGAAAGCAACACCAAACUGUACAAGCCAGCUCUGGAAUCCCUGCGGAAGAUGAUCCGAGAAUCCACCAGUUCCAUGACGUCUGUUCCCAAACCUCUCAAGUUCCUGCGGCCCCACUACAACACACUCAAGACUGUGUACGAGAAGAUGCAAGGGGAAAACAAGCGUUUUUGUGCGGAUAUCGUGUCUGUGCUUGCCAUGGUGAACAGCGACCAGAGGGAGUGUCUGAAGUUCCGUAUGUUGGGAUCCAAGGAAGAGUUGGGCUCCUGGGGACACGAAUAUGUCAAACACCUGGCAUCCGAGAUCGCGACGGAAUGGCAGGAGCUUGGAGACGAGGACGCGGCCAGGAAGGACCAGCUGAUCACGCUGGCGAAGGAGAUCGUCCCGUACAACAUGCAGCACAACGCGGAGGCAGACGCCUGCGACCUGCUGAUGGAGAUAGAGCGGCUGGAUCUGCUGGAGAACUAUGUGGAUGAGAGCAUGUACCAGCGGGUCUGCCUCUAUCUUACCAGAUGUGUAGAGUAUGUACCAGAACCAGAGGACGCCAUGUUGUUGCGGACUGCCCUCAACAUUUUCCGCAAGUUCAACCGCUACCCGGAGGCCCUGCGCUGCGCCGUGAAACUGAACGACACAGAACUCGUGAAGGACAUUUUCACAACGUGUAAAAGGGGGUUGGUACAGAAACAGAUGGCCUUCAUGCUGGGCAGACAGCAGGUGUAUGUGGAGUUACCAGAUGAACUGGAGGAUUUUGAUGACCUAAUGGAGAUCAUGUCUAAUGUUCACCUCAAUAACAACUUCCUGGCACUGGCUAGAGAGUUGGACAUCAUGGAACCCAAAGUUCCGGAAGACAUCUACAAGUCUCAUCUCGAGUCAACGAGACCAGGAUUCGGAGCCAGCGGGGCCCAGGUGGACUCUGCUCGACAGAACCUGGCCUCCUCCUUCGUUAACGGCUUCGUUAAUGCAGGUUUUGGACAGGACAAACUCCUGAUGGAGGACGGUAACAAAUGGCUGUACAAGAACAAAGAACAUGGCAUGAUGAGUGCGACGGCGUCCUUGGGUCUGAUCCUGCUGUGGGAUGUGGACGGGGGUCUGACACAGAUCGACAAGUACCUCUACUCUUCAGAGGACUACAUCAAGUGUGGGUUCUCAUAUGUCGGGAUAACUCAGACUUUCUUGUCGCUCUGA